AUGUAUUCUGCAAUGCCCCUGUCACUCCUCAUCAGUGGCCUUCUCGGCAUCCUCGGCAUCCCAAUUGCUGCCGCUGAAGCCAUCACGAAACCCGCAGCGACAGGCUCAAUAAUGGACCAUCUCGACAGCACAACCAUCACGUCCCUCCUCGCCGUCCUCCUCAUCCUAGGAACCUCCUAUGCAGUAUCUCUCCGAGUCCUCGCGCCCUCCACCGCCCCACGUUUCCGCAUCCUCUUCAUCUGGCACGCGUUCGACUUCCUCAUCCACACCAUCUUCGAAGGUGAUCGGGUGUUUGGCGCGGCGUAUGGCGAUAAUUGGGCUACGAAGCUGUGGAUGGUCUAUGCGCAGGCCGAUAGGAGGUGGGCACAAGCAGAUCUAACCGUUAUUAGUCUGGAGCUUUUGACGGUGUUUUUGGCGGGGCCGCUGGCGGCGUGGAUCUGUUACGGGAUUGCGAAGAGGGAUUGGAGGGUUAGUUUCUGGAUGGUUGUAUUGGCUACGGGAGAGAUAUAUGGAGGAUUCAUGACCUUUGCGCCCGAAUGGUUGACUGGGAACUUGAACCUUGAUGGGAGCAACUUUAUGUUUAUGUGGGUGUAUCUGGUAUUCUUCAAUAUGCUCUGGGUAUUUAUUCCGCUCUAUGCAUUGUGGGUUGCGUUCCAGGAUAUGGGCAAUGCGUUUAGGUUUCGCGAUGGGAUUAUGGCUCUUGGUCAGGAGGGCCACACCACGUUCAGCAUUACGAAAGAAGGUUUGGAUACAUGUCAGGAAGGUGAAAAGAAAACAAAGUAG